AUGACAUCUCCACGUUUAGAUGCCAAAAAAAGCGAGGAUAAGCAAGUCAAAGCUGCGCGUCGAGAAACAGUCAGUACCUGGGUACCUUGGGACGAACCAACGACAAGUGCAGAUAAAAAGAUGCAAAGAACGAUGAGUGUUGCAUCGAGUAAGCCUAUCCCUGACCUGCGUUCAUAUUUGGAACGAUCCCACACUGUCACUGGAUCUUCUCAAAAAUCGACGCUACGCAGAAGUGCAACGAACUCGCCAGCUAAUACAACACCACGGCCGUCCAAGACACCAACACUCCCUGCGAAGACGGCGCCUGCUUCGGCUAGAUCAUCCAAAACACCUGCUGCACGAGCAUCCAUGCCACCAGCUACACGAGCAACCAUUACACCGACAACCACAACGCGUGCAUCAAGAACACCCUCAACAGCAUCAGCAUCGCCACCUUUAUCUCGAACACAAUCAGCUUUCCGUCCAGGGCUAACAGCAACUGUGAGAGCCAGACAAGAGCACGCUAAAGCAAAGGAAAGGGAAUUGGAGGAGCAAAAGCUCAAGGCUGCUCAGUUGAAUGGUGCGAACACGCGCCUCAAGCAGCAGGCAAAAUCAACAAUCGACUGGGCUGCUAUCAAGCAGGAACGUAGACGCACCAUGCCCAUCAUGAAGCCAUCAUUGUCAUAA